ACCAAAGCGUUGCAGAGAGGGCACUGCCCAAGAAAGGCAUAGUUAGACACAGGAUCCACCCCGCGAGGCGGCACCAGUUCUGUGCCCAUCAAAGCUAGAGGACAGUGCAGAAGAAACCGGGAACCUUUUUCUGGCAAGUUUUUUUUCUACCUCUUUAGGGGAGGGAGGGAUCCUCCCACUCAGCUGUCAACAGCUGCCCACAAGGAGUAGUUACGGCCACCAACAUGGAUGGCUUUAAAAGAGGACUGGAGAAAUGCAUGUAGGGCAAGGUUAUCGAUAGCUGCCAGCCACAAUGCCUAGGGUCUGCCUCCACUGUCAGAGGCAGAUGCCUCUGAAAACAAGGUGCUUGGAAUUGCAAUUGUUUUGAGGAGCUAUGAAGCUCAGGUCCAGAAUCUGAUUGGCUGCUGUGAGAUGAGAACAGGGCGGCUGGACUAAAUGGGCCACUGGCCUGACCCAGCAGCCAGGCUCUUUGUAUGUCCUAGCUGCUCUUCCUAUGCCUGCCUUUGCAAUAGGUGCUCAGAGUCACUGCCACGGUCAAACCACAAACUUGAUUGGGCCUUUUGUGCAAUAAGGAUUGAUGUUCCUCUCUCUGUUGUCCUCAACCAGCCAACCACCUCGCAGAUGAAAUGGGUUGUGGGCCAGGUUGUGAGGCUGGGGCUGCUUCUACAUUGCUUAUGGAGGCACAGGCUGGCUUUGACAAUGCAAAAUACUCCAUGCACAAGAAUAGCCAGCUGGUUUCUUAGAAUGAGACCUGUUGGCACUUAAGCCUGACUGGAAACCAGCUCCUCCGAGACAGGAGUUCAGCCUCUUCACCUACUACGGAGGAAAAGGAAAGAGGCACUCUGCACAUGCUCAGGAGACAGUAUUAAAAUGUUAUGUCUCUGGAAUUGAUCCCUGACAUCCAGAGCAGGUUCUGGGGUGAAUUUCAAGCCCUGAGGAAGGUUACUGGCCAGCUAUCUCAAUGGGCAAUGAUUCUGCCAUCAUCUCUGUUGUCUGUGUUGAAGCACACUUUAUCCAGCUGUGCCCAGACAGUGAGCCUAGUGCAAAGGUAUUGCUUGCUUUGCCUUCUCCGGGUCUUGUGACCUUUGGGCUGUUUCAACAGCUGUUAGCGGAACCUUGGAGUGGGGCGUCUUAGUACACGUGAGUUAAUGUUUACAUACAGGAUUGGCUUUUGCAAGAGUUUGAAAGGCUUGUGGGGGCACAGUAUUUGGUUUGUGGCGUUCACAGCUAAUUGCAAAAACUGCUUCUAGGGUGUAUGGACAUGGGGUGGGUUGGAGGAAUUAACCCAGGAGUCCAUCUUCCUGUUUUGAAGCAGGUGCUGCCAACUCAGAGAGGUGUGGGCACGUAGUGCUCUGUUCACAGCUGGCAUCUUCUGGGUCCUGCCUGGGGGAAAGGGAGCAUUUGGCCCAUGAAACUCUGCCACUGCUGCCACCCCUGUGUCUGGCAGAGUCAGGGUGGGGAGCAUCUGCCCAAGGCAUCUGACCCAGAUGAGUGGGCACUGCUCCUGCAGAAAUCUCUGGGCUGAACUGGCAGUGCCAACCACACAUCCUUAUGCUAUGUGCCUCUUGUGCUUUAUAUGGGCAGGAGGCGGCAAAGAAGAGGCGAAGUCAGGGUGGGCAAAAGAGUCUUCCCUCCUUCCUUUGGUUUUCCCUAGAUGGAAAGAGGGAGGGAAGUGGGAGGGGCUGCCCCAAGGUAUAAACAGCUCAGCUGGGGCAGCUGGGCUGAAGCUUUUUGCAGAAAGGUUAUGCUGGUGACUGUCCUCUGAUUGGCUACAGGUAAGUGUGCUAGCAAGGGGCGAGGCUGGCAGAGAUCCUGUGGGGCUAGGCAAUGCUUUGGUUUUGUCAGUGUGUGGAGUUCCUAGGAGUUUGUGCCUACAGACUUCAACAUCCAGAAUCUAAACUUAAUGAGGAAGACUAUGUAUGCAUUGAAAUGCAACUUUUUCUCAAUUUGGAUAUAAGCUGGGGUUUUUUGGUGGGGGGGGGGGUGGAACACAUCAAAAUGCAGUUAUUUCAUAAGCAAUGGCUGGAACAUUCGCAAAACAGCAGCGGGAGCUCGCUUGAUGCAGAGCAAAUGGAAGACUAUAAACGUCCAAGUCCCAAAGUUGCAUAGUCAAAUCCAGACACCUGCAACCCAAAUUCUCUUUCUCCCUCACCCUAACCUUUCAUUUGUUUUUCCACUAUGUUUUCUGAUUCAUGCCAUUUCAUAUCUGAAAUUUUCAGCAUUGAACAGAACUUCUCUCAUUUGAAGUUAGUGCCAGAAAUUAAGCAACAGAGCUGGCUGUUGGAUAAGGAGGAAAUCCUGCCCUGUUCCAGCAUAAUGUUCCUUCUGCAGCCCUGCAGAAAUCAGUAUUGGGUGUAAACUUUACAGCAAGCUGAGAAAGCCUCCUUUAGUGUGUGUGUGUGUGUGUGUGUGUGUGUGUGUGUGUGUGUGUGUUUAAAAGUCAAGUGCAAGUUUCUAGCCCUUAUUGGGGCUUAUGCACUUUGGAGGCUGAGCAGUGAUGGGAACUGGGCUGUGGAAGUUGAACAUGGCUAUGCUUUGCAGCGGCAAGAUUGUUAUUUGUACAAGGAUGCAAGGACAUAUAUAUUACCUUCUAUGGAGCAAUGGUUAUUGAAAUUAGUGGAUUUGGCUGAGAUGGCAAAGUUGAUGUGCUUAAUUAGAGGAAAAUUAAGAGAAAAUUUGUUGACAUUUAUGAAUAAUUGGAAACCCCUUAGGGACUUUGUGUGCAAAACAGAAAAUGAUCUUGUGAUAUCUGGGUUUUAAGAGUAAAAAAGAUUUUUUUAUGGAAAGCAGAAGAGUUAGAGGCUAUUAUGGAGCUAGGGAUUUGCAGAAGUCUAGGAAGUUAAUAGACGGAGAAUUGAAUGUCUUUUCUUUUUCUUUUCUUUUCUUUCUUUUUCUGUAUUUCUUUUAGUUUAUAUGUUUAAAAAUGCUUGUUGUUUGGUGUUAAUUUUGUAUAUUGCUUUUUUGUUCUUUUCUCAAGUUUUAAUAAAAAUGGUUUUAAAAAAGGAAAAGAAGGACACCGCUAUGCUUUGCCUAGCUCCUGGCCUCUCUGCCUAGCGGUCUGUAGAGAGAAAAUGAUAAGAAAGAGUUAAGUGUGAAUGUGAACUUCAAGAUUCUGCUCUCUUGUCCUUGCGGAAAUAUGUUUUGUCCAGAAGUGCAAUUCACAGGCGCAUGAAAUGCAUGCGUGAACUUAGGAAGCUGUCUUCCCCACCCCAGCAAAUGCACAUGUAACCUCCUGACUGCAACUGCUGAAAUAUUACCAUGAUGUUGAAGUGGCCAGUAAACUCUGCCAUGGUGUCAGUUGGCAACAGCAAUGCCUGUGCUGCUUAGGGAAUGUGAAUGCCCUACCUGGAAGCUGUGACAAAAACAGGUGCAUCCUCUGGGGCUGUCCCAAGGCUGCUUUAAGUUGGAGCAAGCUCCAAUGGGAUGUUGCUCAGGCAGCAUUUAGUUUUGGAUAAAAUGUGCAGUUGUUGCUGCUGUUUGGAAGUUUCUUGUUAUAUUACUAGGCAUUGCUUCAAUGUUUAUUUAACAGGAGAUGUUUGCUUGCUUGCCUUAUUAACAGUAGUACAACUGUUUAAAUUGUGUUCUUUUUUUCUAACUGUCCUUUCAUUACCUUGAAAUGUUGCUCUAUUUUGUUCUGUAUGGUGUUAUGCACCACUUUGAGCAUGUGUUUACCAAAGGAAAGCUGCAUACAAAUAAACUCACAAUUGAUGAGGACGGUGCCAUUUCCUAUCCUGCAAGCAGUGGGUUAAUGCUCCUUCGACGCAGAGCACCACCCCCUCCAAAAGCACCCUUUGCUGGGCUCAGGCUCACUGCUGGAUUUGUGCUCCCUUCUCUCUUGCAAACCCCUGUCCAGUCCUGGUUGUUCUUGUCCCUCUUCUCCCACCUCUGCCAGGCCCCCCCCCCAAAGAGCUCAGCCAAGGCUCAUUGCCGUCAAUGCUGACCUGUGGCGUCAAGCUCCCUGCAGCCCACCCUGGUCCUCUCCCACUAGGUAAACUCUGCCAAGGGAUGGCGAUUGUUCUGGCUCACAGUGAGACAAACGGCUGCUAUCUUGGUUUGCAUGCCGCACCCAAACACAUCUGCCCUGGUUUUGCCACCGCUGUUGCUGGUGUGGCCAUUUGGGAACAUAAUAAGCUGCCUUAUUCUGAGUCAGACCAUUGGUCCACCUAGCUGAGAACUGACUACACUCCCUGGCAACAGCUUUCUAGGAUUUCAGGUAGGGGACAUUCCCAAUGCUACCUAGAGAUACUGGGGUUUGAACAUGGGCCCUUCUGCAUUCCAAACAGAUGCUCUACCACAGAGCUGGGGCUCUUCCUUUCUAUGGCAACAUAGCAAACUAUUUAUUGGCACUAUAUUAGGAACAUAAGAAGCUGUCUUCUGCCUCAGUACUGCCUACACUGACUGGCAGUAGCUCUCCAGAAUUUCAGAGAGGGGAUCUCCCCCAGAUUGAACCUGGAUUCUUCUGCAUGCAAAGCAGAUGUUGAACCACUGAACUGUGUCCCUUUACAUGCAGGGCAUGGUCUUCUUGGUUGCAACUCCCAAAUUGCAGAACUCUCACAGGAAAUUUGCCUGGUCUAUUAUUUCAUUAAAUCUUUUCCCUGGCUGCUAAAGACAGCACAGGGAUGGGGAAUCUCUGUGCCUCAGACCCAGCCCACCCAUGAGGCAGGAUGAAGCAGCUGCCUCAGGUGGCAGAAGCGCAAGAGGCAGCACCCUGCCCACUCAGAUGCUUCUGGUGUGUGGUGUUGCUGCUUGUCUUCCUCACAUCUGAGGUGCAGAAGACAGGUGGCAGAACGCCUUGCAGAACAUCCUCACCGAGUUUCAGCAAGGCGGGGGGGGGGGGCAUGUUCAGGUGGUGGCAGAAAUGGGUGAAGGCUGUUCCUGCUGUGCCUCCUCUUGUUCCUCAGACUCCAGCCAGUGUUCUCCAUAGUCAGGAGUGAAGAGAGUUGUGGUUCAGCUGCCCCUUGAGGCCUACAAAUUCCCCAUCUGUGCCUUCUCAUUCGGGUUGGGUACAUCCUUUCCUUUGACCACCAACUAGUGCUGCAGUUUGGUCAUUUUCCCAGAUCUGCUUUAUGUGCUGACCAGUAUUUAUUUUUCCAUUGUCUAAUUGCCUUGUUUUAUUGGGAUACAUACCAACACCCAAAGUGAAUUCCGACUAAGCAUUCGUAAAAACUUUCUGACAGAAAGAGCUGUUCUUUGGUGGAGCGGUCUCCCGCAAGAGGUGGAGGACUGUCCUUCCUUGGAGGUUUUUAAAGAGAGGUUGGGUGGCCAUCUGUCAUGGAUGCUUUAGCUGAGAUUCCUGCAUCAUAGUGGGUUGGACUAGAUGACCCUUGGGUCCCUUCCAACUCCUAGAUUCUAUGAUUCCAUGAACUGCGCUGUGCUCUAAGGAGACUGUUUCCGUUGGUGGAAAAGUGUAUGCAUUUUAUUUUACUUUUUAACGUUCACUCCCAUCCCCAACAUGACUCACCUUUGGUUCUCAAGCGAGAGCCACUUCCUCUCCAAAGCUUUCUGGUGCCCUGAAUAGGACCUUUGCUCCUUCCAGACCCAUGGCCCCUUGUCCAGCUAUGUUUGAACUGGUUUAAUGGUUACCUUCCCACGGAAAAAUCACUGUGUUAUUUCUUCAUUGCACCUCCACCCACCCACCUUCACUGCAAGUACUGGAUUGGGAUCUGGGAUCAAGUUGCUAUCCAGUUGGGACAGUGCUCAGUCCUUCCAGCCCCCUUGUAGAUCACAUGAACUUUGGGAGCUGUCCUCAGCCACCAUCCUUCCUUCAGGUCUGCAUUUGGAAGGUCUCAGCCCACAAAUACUCCAGACACAGAAUCCAUUUGCUGCCUUGAGUUGCUUGAUAAGUCCUUCAUGUAGUGCCUGAUUACCAAUAGGCAGAGUAGGUGCUGGUCUAUGGGCCCCACAACAGAGCAAAACAAUAUUGAUUUGAUCUUGAAAGAGCAAAAAUGUACUAGGAGAUAAUUAGCAAGGCUCAACCCCCCUCCCCCCCAGGAUUCUGACUGCCUAGGGGCCUCCACAGCGUUUAAUCCGGCACUCCCUCCAUGCCCAGCCCCCAGCCCAGCACCUGCCAGCAGUUGCCCCAGUUUCUAUCCCUGUGAUUUUUUCCCUGCGUUCACCCCUUCAUGCAUGUGGCAGGAGUCUCUCUUGGACCGAGUUUAUGCUCUGUGAGCUUAUUCCGCAGCAAAGCUCUUCUGCCCAGCAGUUACCUCCUGUGCUCUAGGCAGGCAGCUCUGUCUGUUGAGCUCAUGAAGGGCAGUGAGUGUGUGGGCGGGUGUGUGUGGGGGGGUGGUGUGUGGAUGUGUGAGUGUGUAGGGAAGGAUGCACUGGAACAGGGUUCGGUUUCCUAACUCAAAGGACUGAAGGCAUCAUUGUGCUCUGCCAGGCUUGGCACCGGAUUCCGGUACUGACUUUGCAUCCCGGAAGGAGACGCAAAUCACCAUCUCUUUUCGUGGGACAUGGUACAGCUGACGCCAAAAGGCGUCAUGGCUGAGGCAGCUGGCGUGUUGAGCAUCCUCCCUUCUGACCCUCGGGGGCAGCAACUAGCAGCCUUAACUCUUCCUUCUCCCACCCCCACCCCCUUCCUCCAGGGCCAUUGCAGAUCUUUCCAAGGCAUGCCUGUGUGCAUUGGCCUGAGAGCAGAGCGGCCGCCUCCAGUCAAACUCCUGGCUCCUUCUUCCACAAAGUUUAGCACCCCCAGCUUCUAUCCUUUGAUGUCCAGAGGGGAGAGGUCACUGUGUGGGGUCUCUGGCCCCUGGCAGAGCCUGGGACCAGGUGCUGGUGCUUGGUUAGAACGGCCUGGAAUGCCGUACACAGACACUUUGUUUGGCAAGGGUGGGCGGAAGUCCGGGCGCUUGGUCUGAAUUCUAAAGUGUGUUGUUUGGGGGCCGAUAAAAGCCUCAUUGUAUGCAAAGCAGUUUAUAAAGCAGCGUAUGACUUCCCCGAGCUGGGCACAGUCUGCUGGGAGGCCUGACCCUGCAGAGGGAGCCUGCGGCUGCCUUGGGAAGGACCUGCGGCAAGGUAAAGUCCCGGCUGUGAAACCUCCCCUGACCCAGAUCUUUGUAGAAGCAGGAAUGACUUGGUGGGUAGCAGUCUAGACUAGGGCGGCGGCGGUGGUGGUCCUCAGUGGUGGGAUGGGAAGGACCUGUCUAUUUUUCCAGAAGCAAGCAAAGGGCAUGGAUCCAAUCUAAAAAUGUAGUACCCCAACCCACUCUUCUGCAGCUCUCCUUCCCAUUUUGAAGCAUCAAUGGCUGUAGCAUCAGAAGUGCGUAAUGGCAUCUGCUUCUAGAUAAGACUUAAACCUAAAUGGGUGUGAAGAGAUGCCCAGAAGCUGGGAAAGCUCUUUCCCAGGAAUUUUUAAAAAAUCAAAAUGUUUUGUUUAUAGCUGUAUUAUUCCUUUACAAUCCUUAACCUUGCAAGGUUGCUCACUACAGCAAUCUCUGUAUCACUGCUGAAUGCCUGAGGUCCAGAGAGCCUAGUUGUCCGCCUAGUGAGUUUGGGGCUGUGGUGACUUCUGAACCGGGCCCUUGUUAGCUCACACGGAGUUUGCCUCUGGGGAGGCUGGGUAAUCAUUGUGCCUCUUGGGUGAUACUUGCACCUCUUCACCUCCUGAACUCAUCCUGUCUCUGACAGAAAGAGAACCCCCUUUUUUUUGCUUGCAAAGCAUUUGGGCAUCUGCAGUGCUGCCUCUUUUUCUGGCUGUAGGCUUGUUCAGAAGUGGUACAAGCUGCCUUUGCCACGUGUACAAAUGUGUGCGUGGAUGAGCUUACCUGUGUUGUUUUGUGCAGCUCCACUGGUGUUCAGAGACUUUAAUGCUCCAUGUGAGUAACUGUAUGGCUUUACAGCUCAGCUGUUCGUACGCAGAGGCAGAAAAGGAAGCUGCCCUCUGUGGAAUCAGACCAUUGGCCCAUCCAGCUCAGUAUUGUUGAAACUGACCGUCAGCGGCUGCCCAGCAUUUCAGACAGGGCAGUCUUUCCAAGCCCUGCCUGGAGGUACCAAAAGCUGAAGUUGGAACCUACUGGAUGCACACCAGGUGCUCUUCCUCUAAGCUAUGGCUCUUAGGAAAUCUGUGGCUCAAUGGGAGCGCAUCCCCUUUGCAUGCAAAAGGUCCCAAGUUCAACCUUUGAUAUCUCUAGGUGGACCAUGGUCCGAAAUCCCAGAGAGCUGCUGCCAGUCUGUGAAGGUGACACUGAGCUAGAUGGACAAAUGAUCUGACUCCCUAAGCAACGUUCACAUUUACAUUAAUUAAACCCUCAUUGAAUGUAAUGUUUGACCAACCCUUCUGUCGCUCUCCAAACCAUCAUGUUGAAAGGCCCAUUUUGGGCUGGCUUGCACUGUGACAGAGCAGAAAGUGCUGUGGACGUCAGGAAAGGAGAUGCCAUGCAUCUCUGGUCCCACGCUAUGCCUGGAAAACCUUCAUUGUUUGUUUUGCACCUCAUCUUUGCAAGUAAGUGAGAGAGCCAGCUAGCAAGCAAGCAAGCAGCAAAGCUUUGCCCCCAAUGGAAUUCAGGACCUCCCCAUCAAACGCUCUGCUCUGCUGCAUGUCAUGUGCCUCUCAUAGGAACAGUGGGAGGUGGUCAGGGAAGCAGGGAGGGAGGGAGGGAGAAUAGACAGACAUCAUUAGGCUGUGCUGCUCCCUUGAGAAAAGCUCCAUGGCUAAAAAGCAGGAGACUAUGAAGACACACCUGUGGGUUUCAGAGCGAACGUUUUCAUUUACUAUCUAGAAUUGGGGCAGCCCUCAGCUUUCAAACAGGGUGUGAGCAGGGGGAAAUGGACUGGCAGAAAUUAAAGGCCCCACCUGAUUUUAGCUUGGGCUUUGCCCAGUGCCAUGCUGGCAGUGGAGUAGGCUAGUCCCCUCAAUGUUCCACUGGCGCCUCCUUCCCAAAGCCUGGGAAGCUUCUGCCCAGCUUAGGGAGGAAGGCACGAUGCUUGCAUGUGACACUGCUCCCCACCCCAUUGCCCUUGCAAGCUGGCACCUCUGGCCCUAACUGUUCCCCUAUGAACAGUCUGCCUUUGGUCCCAUUCAUGGCCACCAUGCAGCCCCUGAAAGAUUCUGCUGCCUUCCCAGGGAAUGUAGCCCCCAACAAAAGCAGUCAGGGGAAAGAUCUCUCGCCCCUGGUGAUCUCCAGCUGUUUUGGCCUACAGUUCCCAUCAGCCCUGCCCAGCAUGGCCCAAGACUGGAGAGAUCCAAGUUGGUGAAGACUGCCUUGCAGCAGCAGCAGCAGAAAGGGAGCAGUUGAAAGUGGUCUCCUCUGUGACUGCCUGCUGCCCAGAGAAGCCCCUCUGUUUGCAGACUUGUUUCUUGAGCUUCCGUGUGCCUGUACAAGAAGUCUCAGCCAGAACUGGCAUUGCCCUGUUCCCUUCUAGAACUGGAUGUGUUGAAACAGUGUUGGAAAUGUUGUGAUGUGUCUGGAUUGCAACUUGGCAUUUCCUUGGAUGAUCCUAGGGGUGGCAUUCAGAUACGUUUUGGUCAGAGUAGACCUGUUUAAAGAAAUGGACCUCAGUCAUGCUCAUUGCUUCCAAUGGGUCUAUGCCGAGUAAAAAUUGUUGAGUAGCACCAUUACCUUUUUCACACUUGUUUUUCAAGGCAAUGGACUCUGCAGGUCAGAGCAAUUCCCAUCAGACCCAAGUCCAGGUGCUAAACUCAGCACGCCUUUCUUUUGAAAACAGGGAUUGUGCAAACUGGGUGUCAGGCACUGCAGCUCCGCCCAUUGUUAAAAUGUGGCUUUUUUCCGGCCACAGUGCUUGCAGGUAAAGGCUGAACUAAAGGAGGCCCUAAAAUAAAAUGAUAAAGGUGGGCACAGGAGCAUUGACUCUUGAUUUCAGAAGUCUGGCAACAGCACGGCUUUGGAGCAGUUGAUACACGCCUGCCUUGCUUAACAGAACGGAGGUAGGGAAAUGGGCCUUUCUCUGAAAAAUAUUACUUUGGAGAAUCUGCGAUGCCUACACUCUCGGUCCUUCUGGCAAGUGCCGUAGCUCAGUAGGAAAGCAUUUCCCUUGUACACAGGAGGCCCCAGGUUCCAUCCCCUGCAUCUCCAAGUAGAGCUGGGAAUGUCCCCUUCCUAAAACCCUGGAGAGCUGCUACCAGCCUGUGUAGACAAUACUGAACUAGAUAGACCUCUAUGGCAUAACUCGUGUUAUGCAGCCACCUGUAUCCCUACCAGCAGCACGGUGGUGGUUGUUGUGGAGGAGGAGGAACCUCCACCUGCCUACAUCCUGCUCUGACCCUGCUCUGCUGUUCCCUUGCAGGAGCGCGGAAGAAUGAAGUGGGAAGGCUUCUAUGCCCUGGUGAUCGGUGUGAACCGCCACUCCACCGCCAUUGGCCGCAUCUGGCUCUCUGUGGUGUUCAUCUUCCGCAUCAUGGUGCUGGUCGUGGCCGCAGAGAGCGUCUGGGGGGAUGAGCAGUCGUCCUUCACUUGCAACACGCAGCAGCCUGGCUGCAAGAAUGUCUGCUACGACUACUACUUCCCCAUUUCCCACAUCCGCCUGUGGGCCCUACAGCUCAUCCUGGUGACCACGCCGGCCUUGCUGGUGGCCAUGCACGUGGCAUACCAGCAGCACCAGGAGAAGAAGCUCUUGGUCAUGACGGGCCACGGAGACCCCAAGCACCUGGAGGAGGUGAAGAAGCACAAGAUGCGCAUCUCGGGGUCCCUGUGGUGGACGUACAUCUGCAGCGUGAUCUUCCGCAUCGUCUUUGAAGGCACCUUCAUGUACAUCUUCUACAUGAUCUACCCAGGCUACCAGAUGAUCCGCCUGGUCAAGUGCGACGUGUACCCCUGCCCCAACACGGUUGACUGCUUCAUCUCGCGCCCUACUGAGAAGACCGUCUUCACCGUCUUCAUGUUGGCCACCUCGGGCAUCUGCAUCAUCCUCAACCUGACGGAGGUGGUGUUCCUGCUGGUGAGGGCCUGCGCCCGCCGCGCAUCCAAGAGCCACAACCCUUCAUCGAAGAAGGGCUCCUUCCUGGGCCACAAGCUCUCAGAGUACAAGCAGAACGAAAUCAACCAGCUGCUGACGGAGCAGGACGGCUCCCUCAAAGACAUUCUCCGGCGGAACUCAGGGAUACAAGAGAAGAGUGACCGAUGCUCAGCCUGCUAAGGGUCUCAGGACCGGAGGGCAGGGGUGUUCACAACUUGGUUACAGCACAGCACGCCUGGUGGGGAGAGGGGGGGCCGCGGCUGUGGGCCUGCCAAGUCAGAUCACCAUCACUCUGUCAAGCCCUCAUACUGGGCUCCCUCCGAUUUUCCCGUUGCCAGAUGCCCCACCAGCCGUGGCCUUUUUCUCCCUACUGCUAGCCCACAUAAUGUCCUCCAGGCACAGUCCCUGUGGACAGGAUGGCCUCUGAUAUUGAGAAUCACACAAUUUGCCCACUGCAGAUCCUCUGUUGAAUAUGCCUCUGGUUGUGAUUAACCAGGCCUCAGCAGCCUAGGGAUGAUUGGGUAGCCACUAAGACUCCCCUGCUGGGCCCCGUUCUGGGGGUCAAAAUAUUGCAGAAUUGGGGGGCCCGUGUGCCUUUUCCUUGUCUGGCCAGGCCCUUUUUCCUUUUGCCCUCCCAACACCACCUCCUCUUUAUCAUCCUAACCUACACCAGAAAGAAAGGAAAACAAAAAUAAAAGAUGCUAAACCCAAAUAUUAUAUUAUUUGACAUGCUUUCUACAUCCAGGAAGCACUUUGUAUCCAUACUGUGUAGUCCAGGGAAAUUUGUGGCCCAGGAUUCAUCGGCAGGCGGGACAAGAGCUCAUGCACAUUGGUCUGCGUCUUUUGAAUUCUCCCUGCUGUUUCUAGCCGGCACCUCAUGCUGGUUUCCACCGCCCUGGCUAGUGCUUUGGAGGAAAAGGUUUGCAGCAGCAGCAACCCAUGCAGGCCAGGGGGUGGGGGGGCCACCUCUUUCCUGCCCCCUCCUUUCUGCAUUGGGAGUGUUCCUGGGCCUUUUAGACACAACAUAGAAAAGGUAAAAUGGCACUGCUUUCACUGCAACUACCUGAUUUGCUAGCCAGGCAGAGGUUAAAGGAUGGGGAGCCCUCCCACUGGGGGGGAAAGCCAGCAAACCCCCCACCACCACCUCUGCAUCAUCACUGCUGCUCUCCUUUAGCCAGGGUUCAAAGAAGAUUGGGUUGGGGGCAGAGAGGUGGGGCAUUCCCAGGCUAUUUUCAUCACCUGCUACACCUCAUUUUGCCAAAGCAGUCACACAGUAUUAAAGCUGGUUUUGCAAUUCUCGA